GAACUGAACAGUGAACUGUGUAUAAUGAGAGAGAGUCUGAGUGUCUCUCGUUUGAAAGAAAGGCGGUAUAUUACUAUUUGUACCGAAAGGAGGUCAUGGGUUCAAGUCUAGCAAUUAGCCAAAUCAAUGACAAUGCGCUGCAGAUUCGAAGCAACCAUGGACUAAUGGACUGGUGGUGACUGACGAGAGGGGAUAGCAGUGAGAAUGCCAGGAGGAGGUGGACAGAAUGCCUGCACGACCAAAGGCACAACGUUGCUGCUUGUCAUGGCAGUUAGCGCCAUUUCCCUCUUCACCAACCUGCACAUCUCUCAUCUGACAUCCAGCAACGCCGGGAUCGUCUGGGCUUCGAACAAAAACCAGCAUUCUCCCGGCGCCUCGCCACUGGAUGAACGAGAAAUUGCUGACCUGCUGGGACGCGUUAGCACCGUGGUGGAGGUGAACACUGCUAAGCAUUCGCCGCUAAACAACAGCAAUGGUCGCAUGUCGACGGAGACAAUGAAGGCGGCAACGGAACCUCCCAAUCCCAUUAUGCUACUCCUACAAGAGAUCGAGAACGAGCAGUUGUUGCUGAAGAAGGGUAACGCGGACGGCAAGAAGCCAAUCGCCCUUGUGAGAGGUUCCAGCCAGGUCGUCGACAGGGACUUGCCACUGUAUCUCCAAGGACUGGAGAAGGCUGGGUUUGAUGUUCGCAUCUCCAAACAAGCGGCGCACGGCCAGCCUGCCAAUAUCAGCGUCGUAGACCAGAGCUCGGCAGUUGAUUGGACCCUUCUACUGUGCAUGGCCUUCAAUGAUGGUGAUGGCAGUAGCUGUAUGAUACGCUCCACUAUCAAGCAUUUGCGACCACACCAGAAGAUAUCCCGCAUCCCGGGCGUCCGCAGUGUUCUCUGGAAGAAGGAAGGCCUGUGUCGCACAACGAUGGAUGCACACCAUUUACCUGCCCUGUUGUCAUCUCCCAUUGCACCGCUAUGCUGGGUACUGCCAGUGCAGUUCGAUGGCUUUGCCAGUGUGGUCAGUGUGCUUGGGAACACGAAGCGCUGGGUCUUCAAGUCCCUGGGCGCUGGCAGUGCAUCUGAAGCGCAGAAGCAGCUGACCGUCAUGUCGAGUAGCACUGAAGCUGACCUCAAGAAGAUAGAAAGCUAUAGGCAACAGCCGGCAUUGGUGCAGGAACUUAUCGAGGAUCCCCUUCUCGUGAACGGCUUUCAUGUGUCGCUCCGUGCCUACGUACUGGUCACAUCUGCAUCUCCAUUGCGUGUCUACUGGCACCAGGAAGGAUUGGUCUAUUUCCGUCAGGAUGCAUCAACUGCUUUCAAAAAGAUACUAAGUCGCAAGUGGUACUUUGCCCAGCUCCGCCAGUACCUAACCCGUCACCACGGGGAGAACGCUGAGGACAAGGCCUUCUCUAGCAUGGAGAGGGCCAUUGUACGCAGUCUGCUUGUUGCAGAGUCCAACCUUGCUGUUCACUAUGGGGGAUUGGCUGCUAAUCCAAGUAGUAAUCUUUACAGAUGCAAUCACUGUUUUCAACUACUAGGAUUUGACUUGAUACUGAACAAGACACUGGAUGCAACAGUCAUUGAGGUGAACGGACAGCCUCACAUGCGAGAAUCCACAAAGAAAGAGGCCUGGGCGAGUAACACGAUCAAGGCGACGGCAAUUGAAGAGAUGGUUAAGCUGCAGUUCUCGCAGGAGGAGGUUGCCCUGCAGCUCUCCAACGCUCUCAACUUCCUAAGAAAGCACAUGGGUCUAGAGGACAUUAGCUGUCACAAAGAUGAGAAGCUGUGCCUGACAAAGGAAGACUUGGAGUUCAUGCUGUCGACCGUGCGUCAAAACCGUGCACGCGGCAACUUCAUCCAGAUCUAUCCCAGUGUAUCCGGAGAAGUGUACGACACUCUAGUGAAGGAUUUGUCGCACGCGUCACGUGGUCGGUCGCCCCAUGCCGUCCUCGUCAAAUCAGGCAGGCACAACGCAGCAGCUGCAGCCGGAGAAGAUGAUGUCAUGAUCCGUCAGCACUUCCGCGAUUAUCACGACACAACAGUGCUGCACAAGGCACUGACGGCGGUGGAAAGCUAUUUUGAGGCACGGGCUCUGGGCAAUACGCAGCAGCUACGGGACUUGGCACGCUACGGGAAAGUCCAGCCAGCCGCAGCACCUGUCCUUGAAAGGCAGCAACAGCAUGAAGAAUCGAAUAACGUAAAUGAUAGGCAGCAGCAACAGCAGCAACAGCAACCAGCAGUGGAAAACAAAGGCGAUCAAGACAACGUUGCAGCCGAGGACAAGAAGGAGAACAUGGAUGACUUUGACUCGCUCGUUGGUAACGUCCUUGGCGGUGCUGCACCUGACCGGACCCGGGAGUGUGCCAAAGAUCCGGAUUCGGUGAAGCUAUUGAAAAGUCUCAGCAUGACCCCUGGCAAGCUGAACCCAGCGUUCAGUACAACCCAGACGUCAUACAAUAUGGUGGUGCCGAAUGAUGUCACAUGUUUGCACAUCAAGGCCGAGGCCGCUCACUGCCGAUCGGAAGUCAGAAUCAACUCAAUGAAGGGAACAAACAAGCCUGCAAACUGGUCAUUGGAUGUUGGCGACAACAGCAUAGCUCUUGUUGUUGUGAGCCUGGAACACAGUGAGCCAUGGCUAGUGAGCAAGUACACCGUCAACAUCUACAGAGAGUCGCUCAUGGAGCACGAGGCACGCUUCGACGAGAGUGAAGACCACGAAGUCUGUUACCUGCCCCAGAGUUGCAGUUUGCGUGUGUACCAUGACCUGCCGUGUGGUAUCACACACUUGUCAUCGCGCACCUGGACCCAGUACAAGGCGGAGCAGGAGACGCUCCCCGUCUGCACGAAUGCCUACAACCAAGGCCGCUGGGUUUUACCAUGUUCUAAGUGCACACCCGCAGGAACCUGCUACUGGCGUCAGGCAGUAUGGAUGGCUAAAGAGUGUAGAUACGUAUUGGCACCUGUUGAAGACCUGCGCAAAUGUAUGGUGGGAAAGAAGAUGUUGUUCAUCGGCGACUCUACAGUGCGUGGCAUGAUGUACCAUAUGAUAGAGAGGCUAAACGGCACUCUGCUAACAUGGAAUAAAGCGCAUUCCAUCCGAUCGUACCACAUUCCAAUGAAUGUAUCAUUUGGCUUCGCCUACUAUCCACAGUUCUUUCUCCCAAAGGCCAAGCAACCAGUGUUUGAGAAGGCUCUAUAUCAGCUGUUGAGAAGGCAAGCCCCGCUGAGCAACAGCCAGGAGACAGUGCUGAUCUUCGGUGGAGUUCAGUGGCUAUCACCACAUCAUAUUCAAGUUGUCAACAAGGCAAUCAGAAAAGCACAGCUGGACAAGAUCACUGUCGUCGUCAAGCUGCACGGCUCUGGUUUCAACCAACCGGUGCAAGGUGUCAUCUACAACAAUGCUGCAAAGACCCGAAAGCUGCUCUUUCGCCAUCGCAUGAUGCUGAACGCAUCGCUGCAGCUCGGUUUCAUACCCGUCGACACAUUCUCACUGACACUACCUCGUCACAAGCACUACCUGUACGGCCGAUGUGCCUGCCAUUUCCACACGGUUGUAGCAAUGGAUGAGAACGGAAACCCUGUGCCGCAGACAACCCAGUCGGACGCUAACACACCCAAACAGGUGCACUACCACAUUGACGGACCAAUCAACGACUUCUAUACACAAUUGACGACGACGGAAAUAUGUCGAAAACACAACACCGAGAAUACGUAGUAUUUCCGUAGCUAUUGUUUGCUAGCAAUUAUGACCCAGCUUCUAGUGGUGCUUUUAUCCUUCUAGGGCAGCAACAUCAUUGGCCUAAGACGUUGUCUAAUGCACUGGCAUUCUGUGCAUACACUCCAUGCAAAUGGUCUGCACCGUAAGUCGAGCCUCCCCUGCCGCUGUGCAACUCUGCAAGCAUGGUAGCCACUGAGCUCACAGUUCACGUGUCUGCCAUGCAAGCUGGCUGUGCAGCUAUCAAGCGAACAAUCGGAUUUCGCUGACAAGGAUGGUACAUGGUUUGCUUCAAAUGGGCCACUUAUCUUUUUUAGCCACUAUCAUUAUUACUAGUGGACUGGAUCAUCUGGCUUCCUCCCUACCGGUGUCAAAUUGAAUAGUUGAUCAGGGCAAAUUUCCAAUUCUAAAUAAUUAAAGAUCUCAGUUUUAUGAAGAAUACAUCUAUAUGCAAGUUACCAUUAUCAGUCAAAUUAAGAAAUCAUUUC